UCAGGUAGCAUCUCGGAGGAAAGUUUGAACUACUAGCUAGAUUAUACUUCCAGAGAGCAGAGAAGCAACAAUUAGCAGCCUAGGCAGCACCAUUUGCUUUCUUCAAUCGACCGGCCAGCCGGCAGGAUAGAUUUGACUUCUACUAGAGAGCAGAGAAGCAACAAUUAGCACCGGUAGCUGGAAGAAGAAGGAGAGAAGGAUGGGGAGGGGAAAGAUUGCGAUUGAGAGGAUCGACAACGCGGCGAACCGUCAGGUGACCUUCUCCAAGCGGCGCGGAGGGCUGAUGAAGAAGGCCCGGGAGCUCGCCAUCCUCUGCGACGCCGAUCUUGCACUCAUCAUCUUCUCCAGCACCGGUCGCCUCUAUAACUUCGCGAGCUCCAGCGGAAUGGAGGCAAUACUAGAACGCUACCAGGAGGCCAAACAGGAGCAUUGUGGAGUGUUGAAUCCAACAUCAGAGGCAAAGUUAUGGCAGAGGGAGGUUACAACCUUGAGGCAGCAAGUGCAGAACUUACAACACAAUAAUAGGCAACUAUUGGGAGAGGAACUAUCUGGUUCAACUGUUCGGGAUCUACAAUUUCUCGUGAACCAAGUAGAAAUGAGCUUGCAUUCCGUACGAAAGAGGAAGGAGCAAGUUAUCGCUGAGGAGAUCCACGAACUCAACCAAAAGGGAUUUCUUAUUCAGAAGGAAAAUAUAGAACUUGGCAAGAAGUUGAGCAUUGCUCAUAAGCGAAACAUAGAGCUGCAGAAAAAGCUUUCUGGGGUCAUGAGAACGAGUGAGCAGCAAGCCAGCGGAAGCAGCUCAAAAGCUGCUGCCGGAUUAUUAUUGUCGACUAGAGCACGUGAACCAAGGAUUUUUAUUGACCUUGAGUUGCGGCAGCAGGAGCAUGAGGAUGAAUAACACCUACUACCUCGUCCACUACAUGCUCAGUAAAAGAUAUAUGUGCUUAGUCGCAUGCCAAACCACAUUGUUAACCAAAUUUAUUGAUUUGCAUGAAACUGCAGCAUCAACUUGUAUUUUCAGUGCACGCGUGGGCGAUGGAAGCUCAAUCAUAAAGUUAAUUAUAUGGUUCCUGUGUAAUUUGCAUAAGAAAUUAACGAACAUGUAUUCAUGAAGUGCAGAA